AUGGCCCUCUGCGUCCGCUCGCUGGUCGCUGUGCUGGCAGCCGCAACUGCCGUGGCCGCAGCGGCCGCGGACGAUGCUGCUCCCCAGCCCGAGGGCUUCGACUUCGACGCCGACAUGCCUGCCGACGACGAGACGCGCGCUCUCGUGCCCGUCGUAGUCACUUCUCUCGACUUCGCACCUCCGACUUCUUCUGCAAUCAAAGUCGUCAACGCAACCGAAGAUACACUCGACCUGCUGCUUCUCAACCGCUUCCCGCAGCUCCAAAACCUCAACAUGUCUAAGACUCGAAUGACCACGAUUCGCGGUUCCGGUCGCACUUCUGCUAUAUGCCUGCGCUCCAUGGACCUGUCACACAACACACUGCGCUCCUUCUUCCUGGAUCUACCGGCGCUCAGGUUCCUCAACCUCUCCAGCAAUGGCAUUCGCGUCAUUUCGCCUACUUCGUUCCUGCUGCCCGAGGUGAUCGAUAUCGACUUGAGCUACAACCAGAUCGCAGUGUUGGAUCAGCACACGUUCAAGGACUCCCCCAAGCUGCAGGUGCUGCGCCUGGCAGGCAACCAGCUCAGCCGCUACGACAACCUGUUGCUGCCACUGGUGAUGCGCAUGCUCGACCUGUCCUACAACAAGAUCGUCACCAUGGAGGAGACCUCGCUGGACGGCCUCAACAUCUCUCGGCUGAUGCUGGGACACAACGGUUUCCGGUCGCUUCCGCAGGCUGCACUGUCACGCGUCGGCUACGUGGGGUACUUGAACAUGGACGGCACACAGAUCACCACGCUGCGCCCACGGUCGCUCAACCGAGUCCGCGUGGGAAGUAUCAGCCUGUCCAGGUCCAGCACACUAGCGGAGAUCGAUUCACAUGCCCUCACCAGGCUGCCGUUCCUCCGCCAUGUUCGCAUCAGCGAGAACCCUAGCCUCGUCUAUAUCAGCCCAUCUGCCGUUUCCAAGUCUCCCAAUGUCACAUAUGUCGACUACUCUAAGAACAACCUCCUGGCCGUAGAAGAGGAGAUGCGCAACGUGCUGCCGAACCUGACCGAGAUCCACGUGGCGGGCAACAACCUAGUGUGCCACUGCGGCAUGGCUUGGCUGCACACGGUGAGCCCGGAGCCGGUGCUGUGUCGCGAGGAGAACGGCACGGAGCAGGCGAUGCCGGAGGCGGCCGAGGAGUGCCCGCCAGUCAUAAUGCCUACGUUCCCGUCUACAAUACUGAAACAGCUGUCGCACAACCUGACGCUGCGCUGCCGUGCCGUGGCGUCUCCGCCCGCAAAGAUUUCGUGGCGCCUCGGCUCCAAGCUGCCCGUGGGCCGCCCGCUGCUGCGCGUGCGCGAGUGCGUGCGCGGCGGCCGCGCCUGUGUCGACGAGGACUCCACACUCAACAUGCGCUACCUGCACAUUGACGACUCCGGCACCUACUAUUGCAUCGCGGAGAACGCGGCUGGCUCCACACGCCGACCAAUGCACCUCGCCGUCAGUGAUGUCCUGGUACGCCUCUACCCGAUCGCCGUCACCUCCAACUUCGUCACGCUCUCCUGGAACAUGACUGGCGGCGGCACUGGACACUACCUUCUGCGCUACAACAACCAAGUUAUCCGCUUCCAGGUACACACACACAAUUUUUAA